AAGUGUCGCAGGGCAUAUUGAGGGUCAGGUCGGCGUCCUCAUGCUGCUGUAUCCUCCGGAACGCUGGGUGGCGGUAGGGAUAUCUGUGGUGAGCUGUAGCGGAUAGCGUGUUGCUGUUGGCGGAAGGAGGAGAGCGGGGGUCGGGAUGAACAUGGCGACGGUGCUGCGGGGCUCUACGAAAUGGCUCUUUACUCGGGAGCACCUGGAAAAUACCCCGUCCCGCCGCUGCGGAAUCGAACCGGAUCGGGAACUUUCUUAUCGUCAACAAGCUGCUAACCUGAUCCAGGACAUGGGACAGAGACUGAACGUCACCCAGCUCACAAUCAACACUGCCAUCGUGUAUAUGCAUCGCUUUUAUAUGCUCAACUCCUUCACAAAGUUUCACCGAAAUAUCAUUUCUCCCACUACUCUGUUUUUGGCUGCUAAAGUGGAAGAACAACCCCGGAAACUUGAACACGUCAUUAAAGUGGCCCACGCCUGUCUUAACCCUCAAGAGCCUCCACUGGACACCAAUAGCAAUACGUACCUUCAGCAAGCCCAAGAGCUGGUGCUUCUAGAAACUAUCGUGCUGCAAACGCUCGGGUUUGAGAUCACUAUAGAUCAUCCACACACAGAUGUGGUGAGAUGUUCCCAGCUAGUGAGAGCGAGCAAGGACUUGGCCCAGACCUCCUAUUUUAUGGCUACCAACAGUCUGCACCUGACCACGUUCUGCCUGCAGUACAGGCCCACGGUGGUGGCCUGCGUGUGUAUCCACCUGGCAUGCAAGUGGUCCAACUGGGAGAUACCCAUCUCAUCAGACGGCAAACACUGGUGGGAGUACUUGGAUCCCACAGUCACUCUGCAGCUACUGGACCAGUUAACCCACGAGUUUCUUCAGAUCUUGGAGAAAACACCCAGCAGGUUGAAAAGGAUCAGAAACUGGCGGGCCACUCAAGCCGCCAAAAGGUCCAAGACGGAGAGCCAGUCGGUGGCCGGCUCCUUUCAGAUGGCACCUCAGAGCCAGGAGACCCUGCUCAUCGAUGACAAGAUGGACACCAUGUACCCCGAGCCGUUGUUCCAAUUAGACACCGGCGCUCUUAACGGCCUGACCGACCCGAGCUCCUCCUACGUCCAGCCCGACGCCCACGCGAGCCUGCAGGGAUUGCCGAUCGGCGGCAAGCAGCAACAGCCGCCCCCCAAUAAACUGAGCCUGGAGAAAUACAGGGAAAAACAAGCGGCCGAGCUGCUGCAGCGCCGCAAGCCCGGCCACCUCCCGCCCGAGGCUUCGGCUCUCUCGACGGCCUCGUCCUCGUCUUCCUCGGCGGCGCGGGUCAAAUACGCUCAGUCCGGACAGGAACGGGAGACGAAGAGCGGCUCGCUGAAACGCCGCCACCCUUCGUCGUCGUCCUCCGCCGAAAACGGCGCGGCCAAUCAGGAGGAGCUGAAGAUGAAGAUCAAGAUGUCCGAGAGCGGCGGCAAGAGCAGACACAGCCCCCGUUCGGGUCGAGAGAAACACAGAGCGCCCAAACACGAAGCGGCGCACUCUCACGGUCACGCCCACGCGCAGAGCGGCCACCACAAGGCCCAUCGCUCGUCCAAGAGCCACGCCCCGCCGCCUCCUACAGGCCACGCCCAGCUCGGGAAGACGGACAGGAGGCCGGCGGAGGGGCAGAGCGCGGAGCCCGGCGCUUCGCUGAUCCUCAACGGGCAGCACAUGGACUACGCCAACACGUUCAACAUGCUCGACUCGCUGCUCAACGCGCAGAACAUAAACUUUUAAGAUGGAAAAAAGUGCACGAAAGCGAGACGAACGCGGCGAGAGAAAAGAAACGGUUGUGUGUCGGAAUGACGGACGAAAACACACUUUUUUUUUAUUUUAUUUUAAAAUUUUUUUAAGAACUGUUUUAUGUUAGGUUCAGUCCGUUACAUUUCACAAUCACCUCUUAAUUUAACCAUGCUACGUUGCGCCACUGAAAGAAAAAAGGGAAAAAAAGUGGAAAUAGUAGUUAUGUGAACAGUGUAUCGAUUAUUUUAAGCUUACUAUGAGAUGAGCAGCCUGUGAAAUCCUCGCGCGAUUUAAUUCGGGCUGUAACGGCGAGAGUACGGCGAACGACGAGGGUAGAGGCGAGUUAUUACGGAAUCGUCUAAGUGUUUGUACUGUAUACUUGAUUCUUUUUAAAUCAAAGGGAUGAAUUUUAAAGAGACUUUGUUUACGUGCGGGGGUGCAGAUAACUUCUCGUUUGUUCCUUCCACUUUUAAACGUUAACUCUAUGUAAUAAUCAUAACGCUCAGGUUCGGACAUGCUUCGACGUAUAAGAUGACAUUUAUAAACAUAUCUACGCGGGGAUGUAGAAGGUUCGCCGCCGUUCUAGCCGUAGCGUCCUCCUCGGCGUCUCAAAUCUCCGCAGAGCGGGAGAACCCGUCCUCUUUCCGUUCCCGCACCUCGACGUCGACUUUCCUUAGGCCUCGCCCCCGUCCUCCUACCUCAUAGCCUUUAAAACCGACGUGAAAGGCCGAAAGCCUUCCGUGGCCCGGUCAGGUCAGGAUCGCGAUCGUGUAUCGUAGAUUUACAGGUAGGCUUUAAAAAUCCAGGUUUCCGUCCUGGGAACGGACCUGUUUUUUUUCAAAGCAUCGAUUUUAGUGAUGGCUAGUGCACACUACAAAGUUUAAAGCCCGAUCCUCUCAGUCAGAUGUUUUGGGUGGCGAGGGUGCAAAAGAAAACAAGAAUAAGGCCAAGCGCUGAACAGUGGCUCCGUCCAAAACCUGACGAUUAAAAUAAAAAAUUGAGAGUUCUCCGUAAAUUGAUUCAUUUUGGAACACUGGGGGGUUUGGGACGAGAGUGCCCUUCUCCUGCCCUUUAUGUGCUUCAGUGUCAUCUUGGCUUUGACCACCCUCCAAAAAAAAUAAAAAAUUUGAUUGCUUCAGUUUUUUGUUGAAGGAAAAUAUUUCCAAUAAAUAUCGGUAUAAGCGGACGUGGCCAAAUCGUUCAAGCUAAAGUAUAACAUACAUCCUGGUAAAACACUAGCACCAUCAGCUCAAGCUUUCUGACUUUUGUAGACUGCGCGUCCAGUCUCGUCUUUAUAACGUGUACGUCGAUUGCUAAGAUUGGUGAAACGUGCUACUAAAAGUUCAAUUGUUCGUAGUCGCUACAGACGUCGACAUUGUCGUUAUAGAGACGGUCAGCUUUUACCGUUUCAAACUUGUGUAAUGUGCACUGGGCAGAAUUCUGCUAGGAAUGAGAAAAUCACUUUCUAGUUUUUAAGCAAGAACCAGCUCCUAUCACAGACGAUUCUAAAACGCAUUUUCACACGGGCCCGACAGACGUCAUCUAUGGGAAUCUGCUCAAGACGAAGUUAAAUUCUCUCGAUCUUCGUAAUUGUUCCAUAUUCAGCGCUGCACGGUCAGUCUCCGUCCAGCCACACGGCGAGGAGUUCUGGCGGUGCUCGUACAGAGCGAUUAAGUAACUCGCAUACGUAACGGUUCGGGUGUGCAGGAGUCGCAUGUAUUGGCUUUCUACAGAACAGAACGGGUAAAAGAUCUCUUCCUUUAGAAGUUUUGCAGUGCUAGCCGUACGCCUGAAGAAUCCCCAUUUCGGUGUUUUCCGAACUGCAGCGAAGCAACAGCUUUCCCGAAGGGUCCAGUCACUCGACGCCAAAGGCAGUGCCUCACUGCAACACGUCCGAUUCCAGUGCAUCGGGAGAACUGAGUUUUUUCCUUGCUGUGAAGUGCUUUUGUGCUCCCCUUUAAUGCUACACUUCUUUGUAAUAGCCUUGAAAUGGAGUGUCAUAAGUAAAAAUGUUGGAUGAUUAUCUAUUAAACCGUCUGGAAAAACA